UGUAUUUUUAGAUAAGCCAGCCACUUCAUUUGCUGGAAGGACGGACAGUUGUGUGUCGUAUAUGAUCUCACUUCAUCGUUUUUGAUACAUGUUGUCUAUUCCUAACACUGGGGAUAUCUGCCGAGGGCCGAAAAACAGCUUGUUCUUUUUUUUCCCUCCUUCCAACCCCUGGAUGCGGUCGCGAGAGGAUGCAACUACCUUGACCGUGGGACGCGCGACAUCCCGAAUGGAUGCUUGAUGAAGGCUACGAUGAUUCGCAAUGCUGCACAGGCACCGUUGAUUAGGCUCAGCACACUUUCACAGCAAAUCCAGUUAACCCCUCCAAAAAAGCAACGGUUAUUUCGCCGCUGAAGGUGUUUGUUUCUUUUUUGCGUCAUUCAUUCUCUUUGGAUUUUGGAUCCAUAUUAAGGCUUCAAGACGGACGGGGUGGUGGAACAUCGCGGUAAAAACAGGGGCAAUAUGAGAGAGCGGGACUUCAUGCCCAAUAUGGAGAGGGGCAAACCCGCUACUUACACGGGGGACAAAAAGGCUAAGAUGGCUGCUAAGACCAAUAAGAAAUGGGUGAGACUAGCCACUGUGUUUGCAUAUGUGUUGUCUGUGUCCUUAGCAGCCAUAAUUCUAGCCAUUUAUUACAGCUUGAUAUGGAAGCCCACCAGCUCGUCCUCCUCUGGGGGUAAGCCUGGGAUAUCGGGGGUCACCACCACCUUCCCCACCACCUCCAGCGCAAACAUCUCCUCUAAUAUCUCCACGAGCAAAAACGUCACAGAGGUGAACUCUACACAGACAGAGCUUUUAUAUCUCAAUGACACACAGCAGCGGUCGCUGUCUCAGAGCCACACGUUUCAGUGGGACAGCAGAGGGGAGGGCGCAACGGGUGGCUCACCGGACGCCGGUCGAGCGGAAAGCCCGCACUCGGCUCAGGACGUGGACGGUCUCUACACGACCCCCCGAGCUGCUGCUGCUGCUGCUGCUGCUGCUGCGGCGGACAAAUCAGACUCGUCUCUGGGCAGAGAAAGACAUAAAUCACAGCCUCUGUACAGCUCGCCGACGGACGCCAUGUUCGACGAGGGGGACGAGAGGGAUGUUGAUGGUGCGAAUAGCAAACGUAAUGCUGAGCAGGGGACCGAGAAUGCUGCAGCUGCUCGCACCGUUUCUCCGGUCAAGGCCGCCUCCACGACCAAGCGUCCUGUCCUGCGUGGAGGAGAGUGAUGAGGCCUCCACGGCUACCCACACACACACACACACACACACACACACACACACACACACACCACACACACACACACACACACACACA